AUGGAACAACAUCAUCGAAAAUUGAUUAAUAAGCGUAUGUCAGAAUUAGUAUCUGUUACAUUUGAUCUGAAAGCUAUUGUGGACAUUCUAUUUGAAAGAGUUGUAAUCAAUAAAUGGAUGAAAGAUUAUAUUUUGGGUAAUGAGGGAGAAUCAUCCAAAACAACAAAGUUGUACGAAGUAAUCCAAGGACGGGGACCUGAUGCAUUUACAAAUAUAUGUGAAGUAUUAAAAGAAACAAAAAACCUAAAAGCUUACGAUAUUUUAACUUCCAAAACAAGUGAGGAAGAGGAAGAUCAAUUAAGUUCAUUGGACAAAGAAUUUAAUAAAAUAAUAUUAGAUCAUGAUGACUCGUAUGUCAGAGUUCAUCCUGAACGCAAAGUCAUUUACCAAUAUGAAACAAAAUUGGAAACCAUUGUUGAGGCUUACCCAAUGGAAUCAAAUCCCAAGGGACAUGCAUUGAUUUUAAAUAUUAAUAAUAUAAAAUAUAGAGACGAAAGAAAAGGAUCAGAUGUUGACAUGGCAACUUUAAUGAAAUUAUUUCAAGGUCUUGGAUAUAUUGUUCACCCAAAAGUAGAUUUAACUGAAAAACAAUUUAAGAAUGUUAUUAAUGAGUUCAUUAAUAUAUGUGAAGAAGAAAAAGCUAACUCUAUUGUUGUUUUUAUAAUGAGUCACGGUGAAGCUGGAAAAGAUUCAGCCAGAUCGUCAGAUAUAUUAGCCGCGGAUGGCAAACCAAUAAAUACCGACUGGAUAAUUGAACAAUUUGUGUUCAAUUAUAUUCAACAUGUACCAAAGUUAUUUUUUAUUCAAGCAUGUCGAGGAGAUAAUAGUGAUUUUGGUUGGAAAUUUCACGAUGGUAAAAAUAAUCGCUUAGACGAUGACAGUACCACUCUGUCCACAAAUCCUGCAAUUGAACGACGUUAUAAAGAUGUAUUCAUAGCAUAUGCCACUAUUCCUGGGCAUACUGCCAAACGUGAUCCGAUAGAGGGGACGUGGUUUGUACAACACUUGUGUGAAGUAAUUCGUAAAAAUGCCUAUAACACCGAAUUGAAUGAAAUGAUGUUAAUGGUGGACAAAGAAAUAGAAACUCUGAACAGCGUCCUUCACGGAUUUCAAACUGUAGAAUGGGUUUUUAGAGGUUUCAACAAAUGGUUUUUCUUUAAUCCGGGUCUCUAUCGAGAUAAUUCAAAUUCUGACAUUGUAAUGACUACUUCAACCGAUCCUAAUACUGAUGUUUAA